AGUCUUCCUGUUUGCUUAAAUAUUGUUCUAUUUGSUAAAAUAUGGCAGAUAAAAUCAUCCAUUCUUGCUUGGUGUCCAAAAUUGCCAUCACUCUAUCGGUCGUCAGUUUGUUGUUGUGCUGUGGUGUGUUUUUAAGAACAGAAUUGAUGCUAAACGAGUUGUAUUCAAGAGACAUAAAGCUUAAGCUGCCAGACAAGAUGACUUCAAAACAUGACAUGAACGAUGGCAAUCGAUUCGACAAAAAUGAUCUUUCAGAGCGAACAUUUGAGAAACAAGAAACAAAGCAAAAUGAGACAAUUCAAAGAAGAAAAGWAAGACACGUUACAACUGGAGUCAAUAACACCAUUAAAUUAUUAACUGAUUUAUUUUCAAAGAAAAUUGAUCAAAAGAUCGGCAAAGCAGUUGCCAAUUUACAAGCAGCCAAAUACUGGAUUCCAAUUCCAGGACCUCCCGGUCCACAAGGAAAAGCUGGUCCAAAAGGACCGAGAGGACGAAUGGGUAAAACUGGACGUCGAGGAAAGCGAGGACCACGUGGUUUUCCUGGAAAGAUCGGACUUCCUGGUCCAAGAGGAAUGACUGGACCAAAGGGACCAGAGGGAGAUCGUGGUCCUUCCUUAGCAAGUCCAACAGUACUCAUAUCACCAACACAUCUCAUCGUCAAUGAAAGCCAGUCCGCCAUCUUACAUUGUUCUUCUAGUGGUUAUCCUCGACCUGAUGUUGUGUGGAGUAAAAGGAACGGUACAUUACUACACAAACGAGCAGUACUUGAUAACACUGGCAAACUUGAUAUCAAACACGUGACACCCAAUGACUCAGGAAUCUAUCAGUGUAAGGCUUCUAAUCUUCUUGGUAGCACACAAACAACAGCGAAACUUACGGUGAACUUCCGUCCACGACUGACCUUGAACAAAGGACCAAUCUACAGAAAGAUUGGUGACGACAUUCGUUUACCCACUUGUCACGUGAUUGGAUACCCAAAACCCAACGUCACGUGGUCAAAAGCUUUUGACUCUUUUUCGAAAAGUCGUUCUGCUAUCAAAAAUGGUCAGCUGACUAUACUAAAAGCGAAGAAAGAUGAUUCAGGGACAUAUGUUUGUGAAGCUGAAAAUCUUCUUGGUUCUGUUGUGGGUACUAUUGUAGUAAAUGUUGUCGAUCUGCCUGUGUUUGUUAUGAAGCCUCCAUCGUCACACAGUUCAAGUCCAGGGGCAACUGUAGUGUUGAACUGUACCGCUAAAGGUGAACCUCAGCCUGUCAUCAGUUGGAGAAAAGACAACGGCGUUCUUCCUCUUGGGAGAUAUGAAGUGAGAGAUGGCUCUUUUAUUAUAAGGAACGUCAAGAAAACAGAUUCGGGUGUGUUUAUGUGCACUGCUACGAGUGCUGGAGUGUUUGAUACUGAAACAAGUACAGUGUUAACUGUGGCAGAUCCAAAAGAUUGCGCUGAACUUUACAAAUCAGGAAAGAGACGUAACGGUGUGUACACAGUUCAACCCGACAAGCAGCCUUCAUUUCAAGUCUACUGUGACAUGACAACUGACGGWGGRGGYUGGACUGUGUUCCAAAGAAGACAAGAUGGAUCAGUUGAUUUCUAUCGCAAUUGGCAGCAAUACAAAACAGGUUUUGGAAACUUGAAUGGCGAGUUUUGGUUGGGCAACGAUUAUAUCCAUCGACUGACAGCAAGAACAGCGUCGAGUCUGCGCGUUGAGUUAGAAGACUGGGACGGAACUAGGAAGUAUGCCAAAUAUGGUAGUUUUAGUGUUGGUGAUGAAUCWGACAAGUACAGGCUGAGGGUUGGCUCGUAUUCAGGUACUGCUGGGGACGCGUUAUCAUAUCAUAACAACAUGGCGUUCAGUACAAAAGAUAGAGAUAACGACAAGAGUAGUAGUGAGAACUGUGCUACAUCUUAUACCGGUGCCUGGUGGUAUAAGUAUUGUCAUAAUUCUAAUCUGAAUGGAAAGUACCUUGGAAACAAGGUUUCGAGUAAAGGAGUUCGUUGGUACCAUUUUCAUUCAAAUAGUCAAAGUUUAAAGAAAGUAGAAAUGAAAAUGCGUUCCAGUGCAUUCUAAUUUGUUUUGACAAUAUAUGAUAACACUUAAGUCAUUGUUUGGAUUUUUUUAUCGAUAAGAUUAACAUUUAUCUUAUUUUUUCUUGGAUGCAGUUCUUUUGUAAGACAGUUUUAUAAAAGCAUGAUAGAAAAAUAACAUUUAUUGUAAAAAGUUAUGCAGGCCAGACUUGUUAUGCAAUAUUUCCUCCUUUUGUUUUGUAUGUUUUCACUACAGCUGAUGCUUGAAGAAGUUGAUGAAAAAGUGUGAAAGWUUUUUUCUUUCCAGUCAAAAAAGGGAGAGACUGGGUGCAAUUCUAUAGUCAAUAUAUUUCUAUAAUCAUGUCUAUGUCAAAAGGGUAAUAUAAAAUGUGUCUGUAAUGGUACAUUUGAUCUUGGUCAAUAUCCAAGAGUUGAAAAAUACSUAGUCCCCUCUCGCAGCCAUUAUGAGGCUCCUUCCCAGGUCACKCUCCUCUAAGUGGGAGAAACCUGGGAACAAACSUCCAAAUGGCUGCGAGASGAGACUAAAAAACACCAGGAUGAGAGAAUAGAAUGAGAAAACAGGUUAAGGUCCAGAUCUUUGUGACAUGCACCCCCUUCUUGGAAACUUGUCCCCCUCACUUACAAAAUUCUGGAUUUCCCCUCUAUGCACUAAGAUUAUAGAAUAAAAAUUCAAGGACUUUA